AUGUCGCGCCGUCUGAAGACGACGUACUCCUUGAUUGGCCUCAAUGGCCGCGCGCUACCCGCGGCGCCUCCACCACCACCGCAGCCGGAGCAGGAGCCCGACGCGGAGUACAGCUCCGACGAUGACGAGGACCCACGCUACACCAUAAGGAACGCCGGUGUGGGAGUAACAUCUCCAAAUAGAAGAUGCUUUGCUGACAACCCCAUAUGGCAGUGCCAGCACCCUACCGCCAACUCCCGGCCUGCCACCGUGCUCCCCCGCCCCGCCUCCGGCCGCCCUCUCCUCGCCCCGCUCCGGCCCCGGCCGCGCCGCUCCGGCCGCCCUCGCCCCGCCCCGUUCCGCUCCGGCCACUGCCGCCCUCGCCUCGCCCCGCUCCGGCCAUGGCCGCCCGCCCCGGCCGCCCUCGCCUCGCCCCGCCCCGUCCCGGCCACAGCCGCCCUCGCCUCGCUUCUGUUCCCGACCGUGCCGCCCUCGCCCCGCCCGGCCAUGGCGCGCCGCCCCGGCCGCCCUCGCCCCGCCUCGCUCGGCCAGCCCCGCCCCGCUCCCGGCCGUGCUCGCGCCGGCCCCGGCGGUGCUCGCCCGGCCCGCCCGGCUGCGGUUCGCGGAAUUUAG